AGGAACUAAAGAAGUAAAUAGGUUAGAACAUUUCGCGUUUUAAUCGUAUACGUUUUUUUUAUGUUGGCAACCUGAAAAUGCGGGAAGGGCGCCGAUGUGCGGUCUUACGGUCACGAACUUCAAGUCACCGGCUCGGCGUCCUGUUUGUAUUCAAUAAUGUACCUACGUAUUACUCGCUCUAUGCCGCGGAGUGCGGAGCCACGCCGCUCGAACAAGGUUAUCUCUCUCGGAUUACUUCGUAGUUCAGAUUCAGUCGUCGUCAUUCGUUCGAUUGCCGCGCGAUACGUAGCACGUGCCCGUCACAACGUGAUAAACGCGAUAAACUAACGCACUAUUUACGAAGAAACACUCGGUUGGUGAAUUAGAAAUUCAAAAAAAAUAAAAACAAAAAAAAGCGUUCUGUGAUUUCAGUGUACUAUUUUUAUUGCGCUGUGCUAUGUGAAUUAUGACAAGUGUUUUGAAAAAGCCAAGAGGCACAAAAGGCAAAUCGGAAUCCAUGCAAGAAGACUUACCCACAAGAUGGGGGUCGAUCUCCCGUGAGGAAAAAUACGAAGACAAGGAGAAGUUGAUCAGAGCCAUCGACGACAAUGUUAUUGGCAAAGGCAAUUCGUUUUGUGGGCCCUACGGAAGGAGGAAAGUCGUGUACUGCGACUUCAGCGGGUCUGGACGCGGAUUACAGUUCAUCGAGGAUUACAUCGUUAGAGACGUUCUGCCGACACAUGCUACUAGGUGUACAGCGCUCUCGUACACUUCCGGCCAAAGCGACAUUUACAGAUCUGAAUCGAAGAGUAUAAUACGCAGCGCCGUAGGAGCUUCUCCUGAAGAUGUUUUGGUCCUCGGCGCCUCUUUACCCAUGUUCCUACGAGCCUUGCGGCCGCAGAAGGUGGCUUUGUUCGUGUCUUCACGGGAAACGGAGACCCAACUGGCGCCAUGGAGGGAAUUCAAUUCAGAGAUAAUUAAGAUAGCAGAAACAAAAGAAGGUUUUAUCGAUCUCAACAAUUUGGAACAAAAACUGCAAGAGAACUCUGGCACGGGAAAACGAAUGAUUGGAUUCUUUCCUGCCGUAUCCAAAUUGACCGGAGUCCUCGCUGAUGAUGUUGCCACUACCUUGCUGCUCCAUCAAUACGGAGCCUGGUCUUUCUGGGACUACACAUUGGUUGCUCCCUCCUCGACCGUGGAGAUGAACCCGGUAAUUCCGGGAGUGGAGGAUGAGAUGGUCAAAAAGGAUGCGGUGUUCUUUAACUGCGAGAAAUUCGUUGGGGGCGUUCAGGGACCCCAUGUCGUCAUCUUCAAGAAGGAAGUGUUUAAGAACAGUCUUGUUUAUUCUGACGACGUUGAGGUAUUGAGCGAGAGAAUAGCAGAGAUAAGAUCGACAGACGCAGUGCGGGCUGUCAUUGUUAUGCAGUUGAGAGACUCGGUAGGACUGCAGAACAUAGUGCAGCGACAGGAUUCCAUAACCAGACAAGUCCUGUCACACAUAAAGAACAUCCCAGAGCUAAUUCUUCUAGGAAACGUCUCACCAACUGUCAGAAGGCUUCCGAUCUUUUCUAUCAUGGUGAAGCAUCCCCGGGGGACUUUCUUGCACCACAACUUUGUUUGCGCGGUUCUGAACGACGUUUUCGGCAUCCAGGCCAGAGGGGGCCUCAAUAGUAACUUGAAUUACGGCUCCGAUGUCCUGGGUAUAGAUGACCAAUUGCUCAAGGAGUAUGAGAAGCUGCUUGAUGUCGAAGCACAAAAGGAGAUUGCUCGUGUCCGAAAACUCAGUAAUGUGACGUCUCCAGAGGUUCCUAUACACAACGAGCACUUGAGGCCUGGAUUCUGCAGGGUUUCGCUACCGUACUUCAUGUCGGAAACCGAAUUGGCAUUUGUUCUUGAAGCACUGAAGAUGGUGGCCACUGAAGGUUGGAAGAUUCUGCCGCAAUACGUGGUGAACCCACAGACCGGACAAUGGAAGCACCACACGUGUUCGGUUCUUAGAGACAAGAAAUCUUUGUAUUCAAUGAACUUCAACACCGGUAAAAUUUCGGUCAACGAAAGACGGAUAUCAGGUCCUGGAAUAUUCCCGCAAACGUAUACCGAGUGCUUACAAACUGCUCGGAAUUUGUUCAACAAAGCUAGAAAACUGGCAAUGAAAUUUUCGUCAGCCGAUCCGGAGAUGACAUUCAAUCCUCGCAUAGAUUACCUACGUUGGUUUAUGUUGCCCAAAGAGGCUCACGAUCUGCUACUCGGGCGCUCGUCGAAUGUAAAACACAUAGUGCCAUUUGAUCCUUCCGGGUACACGGGAGCAAGAAAAAGCCUUCACGUUUCGAGAUCUUCAAUAACUUCCUCACCGAUAUUAGGAUCGUCGGCAAGACAUUUCAGUUUGUCUGCCAUUGAUGACUGCCAUGUAUUUAGACUGAAACAGAAGACCAAGUUUUAUUCAAGAGAAACCAGCCUCCGGGAGGCACAGAAAGAGGAGGACACAGUUUCACGGCCCGUGCAGUUCACAGUUGGUGAAUCCGUUUCACCGUUGCGCUUAGGACCUUCAAGGCAGCCUCUGCUGGUCCGAUCCCGAUGCUACAGCUUGGGCUCUGAUAGCCCUCCGGUUCCGUUAAGUGCACAAACAAAAAUGAAUUUAGGAUUGAAAGAAGCGAGUCCUAAUAACGUUAUUGAAAAGACUAGUAACUUCUGUAACUGCGGCAGUCAAACGGACCUAUUUUCGUUGGACGAUCCGCUGAUCUCACCCGGAAAGUCAUAUCCGUACAGCACGCAAAGUAGCACGUCCAUAUCGGACUGUAGUCAAGUCGGUCGCAGCUCACCCACCACUUCUCUGACGUCACACACGUCGGAGGAUCUCCAAGCGUAUGUCAAAGAGAUGACCCGAGAAAUCGCAACGGAAAUCAAGUCGGAAAUACGUGAAGUAAUCUCAAAGGUUGACGAUAUUCUCGAAAACUCCGAUGCAGUAGAACAGUCUAAUGCCAGCAUAACUUCAAUAUCUAGUCAGAACGAAAAGGACUCUGUAUCAGUCAUAGAUGUAACUGAGUAUUUAAUGGAGAUGUCAAAGGAAAUGGCUUCAGAAGUCAAACACGAGAUAAGAGAGAUGGUCAAUCAAGUCGACGGAAUGAUAUCCCCUGAUUAUUCAGGUAACUGUGCAAGAAGAGGCUCUCCACCUCAGACUGGUCGUAGAAGGGUAGGCUCAGGUCCAGAAUUAGGUCUCGAUUUAAAGAAAUCUACUCAGUUCCUAAGGAAAUGUCCCACCAGUCCAGUUCUGCCGUCGCAGUACGACGAGGAAGACAGGUUCUGCAAGCGAUCACCUCAGUCGCCUAAAUCGGCUCAGUGUACUCCUUCGCACGAGGCUUCAGGACCGAAUAGCAUUUCGUUUAAUUCCAGCGAAACCUCUACUCCCGACACCAUAAUCCAAGUGGUCACGACGCAAAACUCGCCAAAUCUCCCAAAAUCAUUAAGCUCGAAUAAGUUGUCUGAUGAUGAGGUUUGCAACGACGCGACCUGCCGUCACUGCUGUAUCAAAAAAACUUGGUGCCAAAACCCGUCGGUCAGUUCCCAAGAUAGCGGCAUCAACAUGACCUUCACGGACACCGAUACUUAUUUAGACUUUGAUCCGGCCACGAAACAGGCGAGGAAGAUCCAGGGAAGACUUCGCAUGUGCCCGAAGUAUGAGAAGAGUGAAGUGCCGGAUAUAAUUGAGGGAGUUCCGGUGUGUCCAGGGGAACACUCAAGACAGACUGCCAAAUAUGAGACCACUGCUGACGGCAAAAUCGUCUUUCAAAUACCUGAUGACGCGAAUAGGAAGAAUAGUGCUAGUGCAUCAGUGGGGGACUCGAAGCGUUCGAGCAGGUCCUCGAACGCGUCCUCCAGCUGUUCUGACCGCAGCAGCCGCUCCAGCGGAUACGGCACCGACCAGCGGUCUUCGCAUGAGGAGAGGUUUUGCGAUAGGAGUGAGUCAGAAUGUAGAGCGUUCAAGCACGAGUGUUGGGAAGAAGAGGCAGACGACAGCAGCGCCUGUAGCGACACAUCCCUCGCGGAUUUCACGUUUGACGACGAGGGAAAGUGGCAUUGCCCUCCCAAAGCCAUCUGGAAGGCCACAGUUGAGGCCAUACAAGAGUUCAAUAUGAUCCGACCUGGAGACAAAGUGCUGGUGUGCCUCUCGGGAGGCCGGGAUUCUAUAGCCCUCCUGCACACGAUGCAUCAUUACCAGCUCUAUGCCAGGUCUAAGGGCAUGCACUUUAGCAUUGGUGCUUUGUAUGUGAACGAACCUAAGACUCAAGUGGAUCCGCUCCAUCUGAUGGCCUACUGCCGGACGCUGGGGGUCAAGUUCAUUUACCAAGACAAAUGGGAGGACGAGGACACCGAACGGAGCGGCGCGGCGCCGUGCCACCGCUGGGGCGGCGCGGGCGUGCGGGCGGGCGCGUACGGCGCGUGCGGUGCGCACGGGUACGGCGUGGCGGCCCUGGCGCAGCACCUCGACCGCGCCGCCGCCGCCUUCCUCGCCGCUGCCAUGCACUCCGCCAGGCUCGCCACCCUCAAAGCUCACUACAGCAUCAGGGAGCACGACCUCCGCGUCAUCCGUCCGUUCAUUUAUGUUCGCGAGCGAGCACUGGACGCGUUCGCGUGCGCUCGCGCCCUGCCCGAUUUCCGCACGGUGCAACCUUCCUCGUCACCGGAGUCCACGCCACCCACAGACGACAGUGGCGACAGCGGGAAAGAGUUAAGCGACGUCGCCUGUGCGGUCCCCGGACCUCGUGCAUCGACCCAACGUGAGGCCGGCUCGUGUCAGUCGGACGAGUUGCACGUCGAACCACUCGACGCCGCUCGGGACAUGCUCGCGGCACAGGAGCGAAUGUACCCGCACUUGUUCGCGAGCCUCAAGAGUGCACUGCGUCCACUAAUGAGCGGCAGGUUCAUCGAUAAAGAUAAGAAAGAGCAAAGACACAGGAAGAAAUCGGUUAUACAGAUGAAAAACGGAGCGCCAGUGUACGACUCUGACGACGGAACCGAAGAGGAGCCCGUGCCAUAGAUAAUGUCAAAUCUCCCGCCAAAUAUGUAAAAAAUAGGUACAUACAAUUAGUACAUAUAACCUGUAAUCUCUGUUCUAAAUACGACGGUGCGUCACAUACUGAAUUGUUUUGAUGUUCCAACUGUUAAAGCUAUAUAAACUAUUAUACAAUACAUACUAUAAAUGCUAAUAUAUAAAACUGUAUGUAUGUACCAGUUAUAUGAUUAUUAAAUAACUUCUAUGUUGAAAAAUGUUAUUUGUUACAUUUAAUUGUCAAGGUACAUAUUAAUUGUAAAUAAUUGUAACUGGCAAUUUAAAUGUCCAAGUUCUCACACGUCCGUGUUUUGACAGUUGUCAGACAUAUCUCGUAUUUCGAACAGAUCCAAUGUACGGUAUCUCGUGUUUUAUAAAAUCGAUUAUGUGAUUUUAAGUGAUUGUCAUGUGAUCAACUAAAUGUUAUGAACACUUUAAUGUUGUCAUAGUUUGUAAGUAUAACGAAGCGCGCUUGAAAUUGACGUUGUGUUUGUUUGGGGUUGCCAUGAUUAUUAAUGAUUCUCCCUGAAUUUCGAUAUUAGGAAGCGAAGCGGACGGUGGAUUGAUAAAAAAAUGUGCAUUUCGUACAAGCUAAAUAUUUGUGGUAGUGUAUUUUUCAAUAUUGUUGAACGUACGAAAUCGGUAGAGCGUGUUAAUAUUUGAAUGUUCGAAAGUUUAUUUUAAAAUUUUAAGAUGGACGUUAUAAAUGUAAUAAAUACAUUGUAAAUCUGAUUUUUAAGGUGCCUAUACUACUUAAGAUGUCCUAAAAGGUACCUUAAAUAGAAAAGAGUUAUUUUUAUGUACUUUAUUGUAUCGCGUUAAUAAUUAUUUACACUUUUACAGAAGAAUAUUAGAAGUUAAAAUUUAUAAUAUUUAUAUAUAUCGUAGAUGUAGGAAUUGCCUAAUUUUUAUACAUAUUCAUUUCUCUGUAGAGUGCGUCUUUGGUGAAUUAAAUCGAAUGAAAUGUUUUUUUCGGCUUUUAAUGAAACAAUAUGUGUCAUAUUUUUUAUACUGAAUUCGUGUUAUAGUAGAAUUCAUUGCGAGUUACUGGCAACAUCAACGUUCAGCUUCCAAAUGGUAGAUUUUUUUGGAAUAUGACUGCUGAUGUCGGACUGAGUUUGUGAAAUGUUGUAACUGUGCUAUAUUACUUUGUAUGUUUUGUAUUGCGCAAAUAUAUUUUCUAUAAGGAUUUACUUAUAAGAUGAAAUUCCUAAUCAAUUAGGAUAUACGCUGUUAAGGAUAUAUAACGAUUUAUCAAUCGAGUCCCAUUCAUUGCUUCCAUGAUACAAACUAUAUUCAUAUACAUUUGUCGUAAAAAUAAAGUGUUUUAAAAUUU